AUGAAUCUGACAAUAGAUGAGGCAAUGUGUCCCUUUCGUGGUAGAACAAGCUUCAGGGUAUACAUGAAAAACAAACCCAAUAAAUAUGGAAUAAAAUUGUAUGCUCUCUGCAAUUCAUCAACUGGUUGUAUGCUAAACUGUGAUGUAUAUACAGGCUCUGCACGCAGUGUUGACAAUAGUAUCCAGGACCUUGUAAAAAGGAAACUCCAUCUCUUGGCAGUGAAGUGGAAGUCAAAACGAGAUGUUUUUUGUCUUUCCACAAAGCAUAAGUCUAACAGCACUAGUAUUCAAGUGAGGACCAAAGGUGGAAUAGCAGAAAUUGUAAAGCCAACCGUUAUUAUUGAUUACAAUAAGAAUAAAGCUAGGGUUGACAGAGCAGAUCAGUGCUCCAGCUAUUAUCCAUUUGCCCGAAAAACUUUGAAGUGGUGUUUUAUUUUAUAUAAGGAGAACACUAGGAAGAAUGUAUCCCUAGUAGACUUUAUUCACAGAGUGGAGAAAAAAUUGGCCGAGAAGGGCGGAAAUAUUUUUCAGCAACAAGCCGCUUCAUCCUCACAAAUUGAGAGGACAUUUGCAAGGCACUUUCCAGAGAAGGUCCCACCCACUGCAAACAAGGUGAAUACUACUAGGUAUUGCAAAGUAUGUUCAGACAGGGGGAAGAAAGAGACUGGUAAGUGCAUCAGGAAGGAAAGUGGAUGGUGGUGCAAGGACUGUGGCUUUGACCUUUGCGACCCACAGUGUUUCCAGGACUUUCACACAAAGGCUAACUACAUCUGA